UCUCCGCGCGCCGGAAGGAGGCGGACCUCUUUUCGUGCCUAGCGCAGCCAUGGCUCGUGGUCCCAAGAAACAUCUGAAGCGCGUAGCAGCUCCAAAGCAUUGGAUGCUGGAUAAACUGACCGGUGUGUUUGCUCCUCGUCCAUCUACUGGUCCCCACAAGUUGAGGGAAUGUCUCCCCCUCAUUAUUUUCCUAAGGAACAGACUUAAGUAUGCCCUAACAGGAGAUGAAGUAAAGAAGAUAUGCAUGCAGCGUUUCAUUAAGAUAGACGGCAAGGUCCGCACUGAUAUAACCUACCCCGCUGGUUUUAUGGAUGUCAUCAGCAUUGACAAGACUGGAGAGAAUUUCCGUCUGAUCUAUGACACCAAGGGUCGUUUUGCUGUUCAUCGUAUUACACCUGAGGAGGCCAAGUACAAGUUGUGCAAAGUGAGAAAGAUAUUUGUGGGCACAAAAGGAAUCCCUCACCUGGUCACCCACGAUGCCCGUACCAUCCGCUACCCUGAUCCCCUCAUCAAGGUGAAUGACACCAUUCAAAUUGAUUUGGAGACUGGCAAGAUCACUGAUUUCAUCAAAUUUGAUACUGGUAACCUAUGCAUGGUGACUGGAGGUGCUAACCUGGGAAGAAUUGGUGUGAUCACCAACAGGGAGAGACAUCCUGGUUCUUUCGAUGUAGUCCAUGUGAAAGAUGCCAAUGGCAACAGCUUCGCCACCCGGCUCUCCAACAUUUUCGUUAUUGGCAAAGGCAACAAACCAUGGAUCUCUCUUCCCCGUGGAAAGGGUAUUCGCCUCACCAUUGCUGAGGAGAGAGACAAGAGACUGGCGGCCAAACAGAGCAGUGGAUAAAAUGAUCUAUAGGUGACAUGAUUGGAAAAGUCUUUAUACUUAAUUAAUUAAAGAUUGCCGCAUAAUUAAUAGUCUCUUUUGGUGUUUGUGGUUUGGGAUUUAGAUUUUCCUUUCUACUUCUCUGACAUGAAAAGUAGAUUGAAUUUUUAAGGCGGGCUUAGGCAUUCCAGAUGUGGAUUUCCUGUGUCUCCUGUAGGCUAGGCUUGGGUGGUGGUGGGAGGGAGGGAGAACACAUCAAACUUGGCAAAGAGGGAGCAGCAAGUAACUCAAUAAUGGAGAGUGCCAGGGAAGCCCAUAAUGUCAAGCCCUCUUACUUGGGCUAGGAACUUAGCUACCCUGAUAGGUUGUUAGCUUGUGAAAACAAAAAAAAAUCAGUGUCCUUAUCUUUAUUGUACUACCGCAUCCAUGAGCCUGGCUCAUCUGUUUUCCCCUUUCCUGUGCCCAGCUUUCCAAAUGGCAGGGUGAAAAAUGUCCAAUUGGAAGCAGUGAGAUCCUGUAUAGCACAGGGAACUAUGUCUAGUCACUUGUGAUGGAUCAUGAUGGAGGAUAAUGUGAGAAAAAGAAUGUAUAUAUAUAUGUGUGUGUGACUGGUUCACUUUGCUGUAUAGUAGAAAAUUGACAACACUGUAAACCAACUAUAAUGGAAAAAAAUAAAAAUCAUUAAAAAAAGCUCAA